AAAGGAGAUGAUAGAGAGCGACCUCCCGUCCAUGAUGUCAGGACUCAUCCGGAGCUCAGGGCACAGCCAGCACGCUGCCCAGGAGUACAGGCUCUUAGCUUCUGAUCCCUCCCAGCUGAGUGAAGAUGACCUCCCCAGUGACUUGCAGUCCUUGUCGUGGCUGACAUCUGUUGAUGUUCCUCGGUUACAACAGAUGGCCAGUGGAAGAAUGGAUUUUGGCCUUGGUGCCCAGAAUGCAAUGCUACAACAGACAGGUCCUGUGGCAAGCAACAUGCACUCCACAGGAGCACCUGGAGCAAUGAUUCAUGUCCAGGCCAGCCUGCCACAGGGAGUCCUGGGACUGAAUUCUAUUUCAUCACAUGGAGCAAACAUGAGCCAGUACUCUGUAGGUGGGCAGCCCUCUCCUAGUUUGCAGACACAGCAGCAGCUCUUCCCUCCUCAUCCACAGCAAGUGUUUGCCAUAGCCCAGAAUACACAGCAGUGUAACCCAGCAGCAAUCUACAACACAUCGUAUGGCACCCAGCCACAUUAUCCUCAGCCACGCCUGGCUCCUCACUCUGCCCAAGAACUGCAUCCAAAGCAUUACCCCAAGCCCAUCUAUUCAUACAGUUGCUUAAUUGCAAUGGCAUUGAAGAACAGCAAAACAGGCAGUCUCCCCGUGAGUGAGAUCUACAGCUUCAUGAAGGAACACUUUCCCUACUUCAAGACAGCCCCCGAUGGCUGGAAAAACUCCGUGCGUCAUAACCUGUCUCUGAAUAAGUGUUUUGAGAAGGUGGAGAACAAAAUGAGUGGCACCUCUCGCAAGGGAUGCCUGUGGGCUCUCAAUCCUGCCAAGAUUGACAAAAUGGAAGAGGAGAUGCAGAAGUGGAAGCGGAAGGACUUAGCUGCUAUUCACAGGAGCAUGGCUAACCCAGAGGAGCUGGACAAGCUGAUUACUGACAGACCUGAGAACUGCAGGCGGUCCAGUAAACAGGCAGAACCUGAGAUCUCUACCCUGAACCACAUGGCAGCAGCCCAAGGCCGAAUCUCCAUCUCCCAGCUGCAGCCCCAACCGAUCAUGACGCUCUCUCUGCAGUCUGUCCCUCUGCAUCACCAGAUCCAGACCCAGGCUCGCAUCGCGCCGGACUCCCCAGCACCUGCACAGACACCUCCUCUCCACACUCUGCCUGACAUCAGCCAGAGCCCUCUGCCCCACCACCCCAUGGGCCGUGCCCCUCCCGACUUCCUGAACAUGACCACAGACAUGAACACGGAGGUGGAUGCUCUGGACCCAAGCAUUAUGGAUUUUGCAUUGCAAGGUAACAUAUGGGAGGAAAUGAAAGAUGACAGCUUCAGCCUUGACACACUGGGUGCCUUCAGCAACUCUCCCCUGCACCUCUCAGACUGUGACCUGGGCACUCCUGGCCUCACCCCCAUCUCCAGUGGCAGCGAUCACUCCUUGUCAGACUUUCAGGUCACAGGCCUUUAUACCACUUACACCUCCGUGGACAACGUAGCAGCAGCUCAGUACAUGAACCCUCAAGGCAACAAGCCCAUCGCUCUGCUCUAACUGUUGCACCGGUCCGUGGACCUUGAAUUCAGGGGCCAGUUUCUCCCAACCCUUAAAAUCCAACCUGAAAGCAAUAAACAGCUCCUCCUGCAGACACUUGGAAAGUGUUGGCUGUUUACUGGGACACAGCACACGAUGCCAAAAUAACUCAAACCGGUACCAGAGGAGUUCUGCUGUACCUUUCAUCCAUGCCAUGACUGAGAUUGGAUGGUUGUUUGCAGGGCUGGUGAGCUCUUAAGGACUUGGAAGACAUCAGUCAGUAGGAACUUCUACUAGAAUGGAGCUGAGCUAAAAACUGGUCCAGUUAAGGAGAACAUAUUUUCUUGACAUUAUAAUCUAGACUUACUUGUUGAUGUUCUGUUUUCACACACACAGAGGCCAACACAACUCAAUGGUUGGAUCAGCACCAAGUUCACAUCCAAAAGGGUUGAUCUUGUACCACAUUCGUCUUUUUUCUCAUGUUGCCAAAUGACUGUUGCCUUGAACAAAGAUGACACGAAGGUUCUGGAGGCAUUUGCACCUCUAACGCUUUUCUGAUGUAACUGUUGCUAACUUAUUGUUCUGAGCUAGGGGAAAAAAAAAAAAAGGAGCAGAAAGAUUGUUAAUGAGAAAUCCAUCCUUACCCAUGAAGGAACCGGUACUACUGAAUGAUGAAGCUGAUCACUGGCUAGAAGCUUUUAGGAAUUAUGCCUAUUUUUAGGACUUGUUUUAAAAAAAGAUUAGAUUUGCCUUUUUUAUAGUACUGUGCAUUGUGCUUCUGUCCAUUUUUGUGCUAGGCAGUAUUACUAUUUGUAAAUUUAUUUAUAUUUAUUGUUAUGAAGAGAAACUAUGUAAACUGAGCACUGUUCAAAUUCUUUUAAAUGCUGCAGUAACCUGUUUUACAUCAACUAAGUUAUUCACCUUCAAAAACACAACUUUAAUCGCUGUUUGUUACACUACAUUUCUUUUAAAUAAGCACUUUCGAUACUGUGAAACUCAUUGUUUGUUUUCUUUUCUUAAAUUCAGAGACCAAAUAUUGUAACUGUACCAUACCCAUUCAGACCCGCCUUCCCGUUCUGAUUAGCCCAAGUAAAAUUGUUCCUAAUUCAGAUUUUUAGGUUUACAUACUCCACUUUAUACUUGGUUUCACAUGAUGCAAAGAAAGAAAUUGUAUGAAACAUCCAACAGUUAAAAAAA